CUCGGAAUCAGAGCGCAGAGCUCUUGACUGUUAUCGCGACAGACACAUCAAUUGGGUCCCGGUUCGCGGUUUGAGGUUGUUCACCUACUCACACAAGUAAGAAACAAAGUAUCCUGCUUUUGAAAUGGACACCGCUAACCAGCUCGCAUCUGUGGGGACAUUUCAAGUGCUGAAAUUACCUCUGGGAUUUAUCCGUGUAUUGGAAUGGCUCUUUUCCAUCUUUGCAUUUGCGACAUGUGGCGGUUACACUGGGCAGCUGCGGGUUAGUGUAGACUGCAUGGAGAAGGCCAGCAGCAACCUCAGCAUCGGCAUUGACUUUGGUUAUCCUUUCCGGUUGCACCAGGUGUCCUUUGAAGCACCCAUGUGUGAGGCCAUGAGGAGGGAGCGUGUUUUCCUGAUUGGAGACUAUUCAUCCUCUGCUGAGUUCUUCGUCACCAUUGCGGUCUUUGCCUUCCUGUAUUCUCUCAUGGCCACCUUUAUCUACGUGUUCUUUCUAAACAAGUACCAUGAAAACAGCCGAGCACCACUCAUUGACUUUGUAGUGACUGUAGUGUUCUCCUUCUUGUGGCUGGUCAGUUCUUCUGCUUGGGCCAAGGCCCUGUCCGAUGUCAAACUGGCCACCGAUCCAGAUGAGGUGCAGCUCCUCAUCUCUGCUUGCAAAGACCAGACCAACAAGUGCGGCUCUGUACACGGACCACGCUGGUCCGGACUCAACACCUCAGUGGUUUUUGGGUUUCUCAACUUCGUUCUGUGGGCUGGAAACAUCUGGUUUGUCUUUAAGGAGACCGGAUGGCACAAGGGUGCUUCGAAGUUAGCAGCCGGAGCAUCUGAGAAACAGGGCGGCACGUUUAGCCAGCAGCCCUACAACCAGGGGAGCUUUGACCAGUCAGGGAGCUACAACACCCAGGGGAAUAUCAGCCAGCUAUCUGAGUACAGCCAGGUGGGAGAGCCCACUUCCUACUCCAAUCAGAUGUAGUUGUCUCUUUUCAUUUUACGAGUGGCACCUCGGUGUCUUUAACCAGGGCAGCUGGGGGGGUGAUAGAGGAAGAUGAAAGUGAAGUUUGUCACCAAUCUACCUGUGCAGAAUGCAAAAAGGUGGUCAUGAAAACAGUGUCACGUGUGUCUAAGUUCACCCAUUGUAGAUACAAGUAUCGUUGGGUAAAGUUAUUAGAUAUAGUCUUUUACUCCUUCUCCUUCAGAGGUGUUGUUUGCUAAUGCUGUAUUUCUUGUAGUCUGAAACCCAUUGGUUGGUAAUUUGCAUACACUGUUAUGAAUGGAUGUCCAUUUCAAAGUGGUUUGCAUUCUGUUGUGGAAGGCAAACGUGCUCUGUGUUUGUAUACUUCAAAGUUUCCAAGUGCAUGGUGUUUUAUGUGUUCUAAUAUACGUUCUGUGAGACAAGGGGGAAAAAAAACAAAACGUGUUUUAUCUCUGAAAGUUUACACGCUGCCCUGAACUGGAUGUUCAUCAGUUAACUAUUACUAUGUCAUUUUUUUAAAUCUAAUAAGAAAUAUAUUUUGAUAAUGGCUAUUUCUGAUUCACAUAUCAAUGCAGAAUGAAUUUUGUGGUAUUUCUGUGUCACAAAUGCAUUCCAGCUCCAUUAUGGCUACUGACAAUGUCAAAAAGUCUUUAAAAACUAAAGCAAUAACUGCAUUCUGCAAAACAUGCAGGGACCUGGCAGGAAAACAAAAUUGUGUAUGCAACCAUUGCAACAUGCAGUUUCUGCACAGACAGUAUCACACCGGCAUUUUAUUUGUAAAGAGGGAGAUCAUCUCCCCUUAAUGUUUACAAGUGGCUGCUCCUGCGACAAAUUACUGUGACUGUUUUCUAUGCCAUCCUCAGACUACUGAGAAAUUUCAGAUCCAAGUUCCACCUUUCUAAAGCACGACCAGAGCAUCCACCGAUAAAGCCCGGCAAAAAAAAAUCUAUAGCGAUAACAGAAUACUAGUGAAUAGUGGGUUCAUCUGUAUCUAACUACCACUGAACUUUACUUUAGAAUCACUGUUCAUUUUUGCACCACUAACCUGUGCAGUUCGUGUAUUGUAAAGUCAAAAUCAAAGGAUAAUGCUUGGUUGCUGUUUGUUUACAUUAAUAAGACUUGUGCAACCCUGUUCUUUGAACUUCUAAGCAUGUGGCUCGCAUCAGUGUAAUAAAGUAGACUGAACAUCCAUGUGCGGUAUAAUAAUCUGGCAUCCUUGAUGGCUGUGUACAGGUCCUUGUAUUCAGUGUGGAUAUU